AUGACAACGCUGAGCAAAGUAUUCUUGAACCUAGAAGGAAAAUCAGCAAUUGAUGAGCCAGAUUUUGGCAUUUGGAAACAAGAAAAAAUAGAUAUGACAGGAGAUAUUGAAACUAAGUCUGAAAUGCAACAGGCUCUCUGUUCUCUUCCUGAAAUGAGAAAAUCCACCAGGGAUGGAACUCUCUGGAGAAGGCAGCCAUACUUUCAGAGUUUUGUUUUCCUUUUUAUUACAAGAUGUCUGGAAAUGAAGUAUGGAAGUGAAACAAUGAGGAAAGAUCCAGUUUUCAGCUGUUUACAUAAAGAAUAUAAAGAAAAGAAGAAAAGCUGCUUUUCAACGAAAAUAGCAAUUAGAAAUGUUUCCUUCUAAGUUAAAAAAGGUGAAGUUUUGGGGUUUCUGGGACACAACAGAGCUGGUAAAAGUCUGUCUAUUGGAGCAAUAACUGGGGACAUAAAGCCAACUGCAGGAGUGGUGGCUUUACAAGGCAGCAGAGCAUCACUGAGGUGACAAGAAGACAACACCCUCCAGUUCCUGGGCUACUGUCCUCCGGAGAACUCAUUGUGGCCCAACCUCACGAUGAAAGAACACCCGGAGUUGUAUGCUGCAUUGAAAGGACUAGGCAAAGAGGAUGCAGCUCUUAGUAUUUCACGAAGGGUGGACAUGCUCAAGCUGCAGAACCAGCUGGAGGUGCCCAUGAAGACCUUGUCAGAGGGGAUAAAGAGGAAGGUCCAGGCAGGGCAGGGCUCAGGGUCCCUCCACCCACGGCACAGAUGGGGUGGGAUGCUGCUCCUCUCGUUCCAGCUGUGCCUUGUGCUGAGCAUCCUGGGUGGCCUGGUGGUGGUGCUCCUGGAUGAGCCGUCCACGGGGAUGGACCCUGAAGCGCUGCAGCAGAUGUGGCAGGCAAUUCAGACCAUUGUCAAAAACAAGGAGAGGGGUGCCCUCUUGACCGUCCACUACAUGGCCGAAGCUGAGGCUGUGUGCAACUGUGUGGCCAUCACGGUGUCAGGUGAGCUAAGGUAUAUUGGUUCCUUUCAACAUCUGAGAAGCAAGUUUGGUAAAGAUUAUUUACUAGAAAUAAAAAUGAAAUAACCCAUUCAAGAAGCCCUCCACAUGGAGAUUCUAGAGCUUUUCCCACAGGCUGCUCGACAGGAAAGGUAUUCCUCUUUGAUGGUGUACACAUUGUCUGUGGAUGAUGUUUACCUUCUAUCUCAGGCAUUUUUCAAAUUAGAGGCAGGUCAAUUUCCAGAGCCAAAGCUUGUAAGUCCCUUUCUCCCUGUUUCAGCAGAGUUUCUCCAACAAAUAAGUCAAGAUUUUUUUGCUCUUGUUUUUGAUUGCACGGUGCUGAGGAUGGCUGCACACAGACCUUAUGAUGAAGGAAUCCAACAGGAGGAAUGUUUUAGCCUGAUGCAAAGUCCGUCACAUGAAGACUAUGAGACUUCUAGUACUGGAGACUAUUGCUUCAAGGUUUAUGAAGCGAAAAGCAAAGAGAAUCAGAAAAUGUGUGUACCUGAAGUGAUAAGUGAAUGA